AUGACAUUCUUAAUAUUUUGCAACUGUGGUUGGUUCUUUGAAGACUUUGUCGUUUCUCUCUCUAAAAAAUUCUAAAGAGAGAAGAAGAGCGUGUGAGAUCAUCAGAGUGGAGACCACAGUUUGCUUGAUCAAUGAAUUCUUUCUUUCAUCUCUCAGCCUCCAUCUUUUGACUUUUCUAAAUUUCUUCAUUUUUCAUUUCACUUUCUGAAUUUCUUAUCCUUUUCACACGUACAACUUGUUCCUUAAUUCUGAUCUCAAACUGUUUCAAACAUCCUUGUACCUUUGUUCUUGUUCUUUUUUUCUGUCACAUAAAAAAAACCAAAAUUUGAUCUAGAAUUUUUUUGUUACAUUUUCUCAUAUCCAAAAUUGACAUAAGUGAAUUUUGAUUCUAUUUCAGAUUCAUAUAUUUAUGACCCACAAAUUUAAAUCAUCAAAGUUUGGAAAUUUAUCAUUGAUCAAAUCAAAAUUUUCAGUUUCCAUUGAUAAUGGGUUGUGCAAAUUCCAAGCAAAAGCGAUGUAGACAUUGCAACAAUACUUAUUCACCUGUUCCAAGAAGCUAUUCAAUGCAUGUUCAUCACCCACCUCAAUCUGAUGAAGACAGUUAUCAUGUUGUUGCACUCACAUCAACCACAUUAGGUACUCUCAAACCACUCAAUUCUUCUUCUUCAAAUCAAAAGAUUGUUCCUAGUGUUAAUGGUGUUCAUGAUUUCAAGUUUUGUAAUGGGAAAGUUAAAGAGAGUGAAAGUUUUAGGUUUGAUAGAGAAAGUUUAAUGCAAAAACUAAAGAAAGAAAAGGAAAAUGAGAGAAGGGAGAAAGAGAAGAAGGAAGAAGCAUUGGAAAGUGAUGAGAAAGUGAAAGAAUUUUCAAUGGGGUUGAUUGAGGCAAAAACUUGGUCUAACAUGAUUGAAGAAAAGUUAACAAAAGUUGUUCCUAAGACACCAACAAGAACACCACCUGGUGAACCAGAAACAAUCAACACAUGGGAAUUAAUGGAAGGUCUUGAAGAUAUUAGUCCUUUUCGAUCGCCGAAUCACUUCAAAAGCUUUUCUUUUGAUGUCAAUGGUGGUGGUGAAGGUGUUGAUCCUCCAAAACCAAUGUGGCUUCAAAUUACUGAGGAAGAAUCAAAGCUCAACCAGGUUGAUUUUGAUCCUGAAGUGAUUUCAUCGUUUCGAAAAUCCUUACAAGAACAAUCUCAAGAUAGUCCUUUUUACCUUAAACAAACAUCAAUUGAUGAAGAGGAAAUGAAAGAUGAUGUUUUUGUAGAUGUUAAGAUUGGUGGAAAGGAAAAGGUUGUGUUCUACUUCACAAGCUUAAGAGGGGUGAGAAAGACUUAUGAAGAUUGUUGCCAAGUAAGGAUGAUUUUGAGAGGGUUAGGAGUGAGAGUUGAUGAGAGAGAUGUAUCAAUGCAUUUAGGAUUCAAGGAGGAGCUAAGAGAGCUUUUAGGUGAUUUGUAUGGGGGAGGAGGAUUACCAAGGGUUUUUGUUGGUAAGAAUUACAUUGGUGGAGUUGAGGAAAUUGAGAAACUUCAUGAAGAUGGAAAACUUGAGAAAUUGUUGGAAUGUUGUGAGAAAAUUGAGGAUAGUUGUGGUGGAUGUGAGAAUUGUGGUGAUAUAAGGUUUGUUCCUUGUGAAACUUGUUUUGGAAGUUGUAAAAUCUACUAUGAAGAUGGUGAUGACGACGAGGAAGAAUAUGAUGAUCAUGGUCGUGAAGAAGGCAAGUUUGGAUUCCAACGUUGUCCGGAUUGUAAUGAAAAUGGACUAAUUCGCUGCCCCGUGUGCUGCUACUAGUUACAUCUUCCAGGUGAUGUUUACUACAUGUUUCGAUUAUCUGUGAGUUUGUCAGAAUCAUAAUGUGUUACCGUGAUUUUAUCAAACUCAUUGUGAUUUCAGACAUGUACUAAUAGCACUGGUUUAUACCAAAUUUUGAGUUUUAUCAUUCAGGGUCAUUUUGUAUUUUUUUGUGAGAUUUUUGUUGUAUAGUUGAGUCUUUAAUAUGGUGGAUAGAGUGAAUAACAUGUUCUAAUCACUUCCUCUGCAUAACCAAUGUAGUUUGCUGCAAAGUGUAUACUUUUUAUUUUACAGAAAAAGAUAGAAAGGUAUAUAUACAAUUUCCUUUCAUGUAAAAUUCAAGAAAGUUGCAAAAGAAAAUUACAAAUACAAAGAUAGGUAAUAUUACUUAGUAGUA